UAGUUUUAAUGUUGAACCAUAUGGUUGAACCACGCUGGUAGAAAAUUACUUUUGCACUGAAUUUUUGUAGACAUUUCAAAUUUUAGACUUAUAACAAACUAUAUAUUUGUGAAAGUGGACACUAUUUGAGUAUUGAAAUGAGCGAUAACCAAGAUAUAAACCAACCAACUUUGCUUGCAGAGGAAAUAGAAAUAUCAAAAGGUCAUCCCCCUAGUAGACUCAGAACGAUUGGGGCACACUUUGUACGAAACAGGACCGAUUAUAUUUUGGGUUCCAUUUGGUUCUCAGUGAUUUGCUUCACUGUGGUUUAUUUGAUCCCUUUUUUGAGGUCUGAAUGUGAAAACAUGUAUUACAGAACCCUACUAGCCCAUUCAGCUACGAGCUUGCUACGUCUUCAUAAAACAUUUCACCAGGCCCAAAUCAACUUUGAAUUCAUGGAACAGUUGCUGCUAGAUGACAACACACACAACCUCCUUUAUUCACUGAUUUUUUAUUGUUUCCCUCCUUUCCCUUGGAUAUGGCUGCCAAUUUUUCUAUCUGCCCUUCUUCAUGUCAGUAAUUAUGGCAUAGAAGUGGUUGAGUGGUUCUCUCCAAGUGCCUUUGGUCUACUGAAGAAGGGCUUUGAAUUAAUUGAACUUCAAAGCAUAAAUAUUUUAAGGAUUAUUGCAAUCACAGAAAUAUUCAUUCUUAUCAUCAUUCCUUUUUCUCUUCUUUCAUUCUCAUUCAGUGGUUUAGCACUAUCGGUCGUCACCGUCGUUAUCUACCUGAAAUUCCUAGUAUUCCGUUACAUGUCAAAGAAAAAUCCAUUUACUAGAAUCGUCUUUGGUGAACUUCUCGAACAAAUUGAAAUCCAUUCCAACAAAUCGUCCUGUCCAGCAUGUCUCCGCAAUAUGUUUUGGACAUUGAUAGUUCCUUUAACGUCACGAAUGGAUCCCAGCUGCAAAAAGGAGGAUUUAAUUUGGCCCGAAAAACCAUUGCUUGGGAAGAAACGUUUUAUAUCUGGAAUAUAAAAUUUUGACAACUAUUGAUGGAUUUUCGCCUGAAUAGCAGCAGCUCCUUGGGGGUAGUAUUUAAAAAAAAAUUAUAAGUAUGUUUCGUGAAGACUAUGGACAAACCUACGUUCUAAAUUUAAGAUGUCGAGCUUUCUUCUUAGCACUGUUAGAAACUCUUUAAUGUUUUGUUUCAUCCAUUAGCGUUCUUAAGUAUUCGAAAGUGCUCGGCCUACUCAAAGAAAUGGGGAAAAUUCUUGGGAGUGACAUUUAGUUUUGUUUUAAAAAAGUCGAGCCGCACGAAUACAAACCUUUCUACCACUAA